AUGGUAGCCACUGUUACCGACGACACAGACCUCAAUGGAAUGCGCGCCGCAGGGCGUGCUGCAGCCAGCGUGUUAGAAAUGAUUGGCCCACAUGUUGUACCCGGCGUGACCACCGACGCGCUCAACACCCUGUGCCAUGACUAUAUUGUCGACCAGUUGGGCUGUAUCCCUGCGCCGUUGAACUAUGGGGGUGGCGGCGGACAGAUGCCCUUCCCCAAGUCGAUCUGUACCUCUGUGAACCACGUGGUCUGCCAUGGCAUUCCCACCGAGAGCAAGAUAUUAAAGAACGGCGAUGCGCUGAACAUAGAUAUCACCGUGAUCAAAGACGGCUACCACGGUGAUACCAGCAAGAUGUUCUGUAUCGGCGAACCGUCAGUGCUGGCCAAGCGGCUGAUCAAAGUCACCCAGGAGUGCCUUUAUAAGGGUAUCGAAGCUGUAAAAGCGGGCGCGCAUCUGGGUGACAUCGGCCACGCCAUCCAGCAACAUGCCGAACGCAAUCGAUUCAGCGUUGUACGUGAGUUCUGUGGCCACGGGAUCGGCAAGGUAUUUCAUGAUGCGCCCCAGGUACUCCACUACGGACGUCCCGGGUCUGGUAUGCGCCUGGAAGAAGGAAUGACGUUUACCAUCGAACCCAUGAUCAACGCGGGCAAGCGUCACAUUAAAAUCUUACCCGAUCAAUGGACCGCAGUGACCAAAGACCACAAACUCUCAGCCCAGUGGGAACAUACCCUCAUGGCGCUCGAGAGCCGACAACAACUCAAUGCGCUGCAGGAUGGUCUUGCGGCGAGAUUCUGGCAAAACGAACCCAUAGAAACGUUGCUGCUCGAAAUGAGCAACGGCAUCGACGACAUCCUGCGAGACCUGUUUGCAACGCAUCUGGGCGACACUAAACAGGUUGCCUUGUACGCGGUGGGUGGCUACGGGCGCCAGGAGGUCCAUCCCGGUUCUGACAUCGACAUUCUUGUGCUUGCCAGCAAACCACAGAAGUACCAGCGAAAGAUCGAGCUGUUCCUGCAGUCUGUAUUCGACCUCAAUGUCGAAGUUGGCCACAGUGUGCGCGACAUCAAAUCCUGCAAGGUGCAGGCCAAGCAGGAUAUUACCGUCGCCACCGCGUUGUUUGAACGACGUUUCAUUACCGGUGACACUUCACUCACCAGCGGCCUGGACAAGGCACUGAACAACCCUCGCCUGUGGCCUGCAGACAAAUUUUUCCAGGCCAAGUACGAAGAACAGAAACAACGCCACAAAGAUUACGAUAAUGUCGAGUACAACCUCGAACCCAACAUCAAAACCUCGCCCGGCGGUUUGCGCGACAUUCACACCGCGCUAUGGAUCUGCAAGCGAAAGUUCAACACCACCGAUCCCGAAAAGCUGGUAGAACUCGGCGUGCUCAUGCCGACGGAGAAAAAAUGGCUGGUUGAGGGUAGACGUUUUAUCUGGUGGGUGCGUUUUGGUUUGCACCUGAUUGCCCAGCGCAAAGAAGACCGAUUGCAAUUCGCCCACCAGCGCGAACUUGCCCAACGAUUGGGUUUCGUUGACACCGAAACCCAGCGCGGGGUGGAACGCUUCAUGUACCACUACUAUCGGCAUGUACUGGCUCUGACAGAAGUGAAUGACAUUCUGAUACAGUAUUUUCAGGAAUCCACUAUUCCCCCGCGCAAGGUUCGCGAAGAACCCAUAAACGAAAGAUUUCAGCUGACUAACAGCUAUAUUGAAGCGCGCAGUGACGAUACAUUUCAGCAGACGCCUUCCGCCAUCCUCGAGAUGUUUGUGAUCAUGGCCAAUCGUCGUGAUAUUGCUGGCGUCCGCGCCCGCACCAUUCGCCAGAUCCGGGAAAACCUGCAUCUCAUCGACGACGAUUUUCGCGACAACCGUGCACAUCAGAAACUGUUUCUCGAUCUGUUAAAGGCACCCUACACACUGGUUUCUCAGCUGACCCGAAUGCGCAGAUACGGUGUGUUGGGGCGUUACAUACCUGAAUUUGGUCGCGUUAUCGGGCAGAUGCAGCACGAUCUUUUUCACAUCUAUACCGUCGAUGCGCACACCAUGAUGGUCAUUCGUAACAUGCGCCGAUUCCGCUACCGGGCCAGCAAACAGGCUUUUCCGGUGGCUUAUCAUGCGGUCCACACGCUGCCUAAGCUCGAACUUCUCUAUAUCGCAGGUAUUUUCCAUGAUAUCGGCAAAGGCAGAGGCGGCGACCAUUCCACGCUCGGGGCUGCUGAUGCGGAAAUUUUCUGCCGGCGCCACGACUUAAGUGUGACUGAUACACAACUGGUCUGCUGGCUUGUGGAGAAACACCUGUUCAUGUCUUCUGUUGCACAACGGGAAGAUAUUUACGAUCCGGAUGUGGUGUACAAAUUCUCCCUGGAAGUUAAAUCCGAAAUGCGGCUGGAUUACUUGUAUGCAUUGACUGUUGCCGACAUCAACGCCACCAACCCGACCUUAUGGAACAGUUGGCGCGCCACGCUCCUGCGCCACCUCUACAACGAAACCCGCAAACUCCUGCGUCGCGGCGUGGAAGCCUCAGCCGAUCGUGAGGAUGCGGUGGCCGCGUAUCAGGAACGUGCACUUGAGCGACUGAUCGAAGCCCACCCUGAUUUAGAUAAAGCGGAGGUCAGGAACGUCUGGGAAGACAUCGGUGAGGACUUUUUCCUGCGUCACACACCGCCGCAGAUUGCAACGCUGACCGAAGCGCUUGUACAACAUGAUCUGGCAGAUGGCGCUUUUGUUACCCUUCGCGACACCCACGGAGAUUCGCCUGGCGAAGGUGCUACCCGGGUGUAUAUUUACUGCAGGGAUCAGCGAGGUCUAUUUGCGACCUCUGUGCUGGCACUGAGUCACUUCGACCUGAACAUCGUGGACGCAACCGUUUCCACCGCAGAAACUGGCAACUGCUUUGAUACCUACACAAUAUUGACCAGUGACGGCGAGAGCCUGCCACGUGAGGGCCAGCUGCGCGAAAAGAUCGCCUCACGUCUGGUGCAGGCGAUUAACGACGACGCCAAGGGGCUGGAUCUACCCCGUCGUCGCCUGUCACGGCGAUUGCGGGAAUUGCCCCACCCCACAAGUGUCAGCAUUGUGCCCAACGCCACCGGAGACGCAUCAAUCAUGACCGUCAUCGCCAGUGACCGCCCUGGAUUACUGGCGACAAUAGGUUUGUUACUGGUAGAACUGAACAUAGAACUUCUCUCAGCAAAAAUCGCCACGUUGGGUGAACGCGUGGAGGACACUUUUGUGAUUCAGAACAGCGACUUCCAGCCUAUCGGCAAAGGUGAGCCAACCUAUAUGCUGGAAAAUGCGAUUCGCCAACAACUUGACCAGGAAUUGGGAUUGAAUCAACUGGGUAAUCCAUCUUUCAGCCUCAUCCCGUUGACCCUGGGUGAACCAAAACAUGCCCCGCCGGAAUUUGUGGUGAAGGCUUUAACCGACCCGGAGAACAUGCGCCAGGCGUUAGGGACCUAUCCGCUGACCAAAGGCUCCAUUGAGCUUCGCACAGCGAUAGCCAGCUGGCUGCAAAAAAGAUUUACCGUAAACGUUGAUCCGGAAAUUGAAAUUCUACCGGUGAACGGCACCCGCGAAGGCUUAUUCGCUUUUGCUCAAGCGAUGUUAAGCGGUAAACCAGACAGCCUGGUUAUGAUGCCUAAUCCGUUUUAUCAGAUUUACGAAGGCGCAUCUCUGCUGGCUGGCGCCACCCCACUGCUUAUCGACAACCAGCCCUCAUUGGACUUCCAACAGGAUUUCGAACACAUCACAGAGGCCCAGUGGCAACAGACCGAACUUGUAUAUCUUUGCUCUCCCGGCAACCCGACCGGACAGAUCAUGCCGCAGGCACAGCAACAGGCUUUGAUCGAACGCGCACACAAGUACAACUUUGUGAUCGCAGCUGACGAGUGUUAUUCCGAGCUUUACUUUGAUGAAUCGCUGCCACCGGGCAGUUUACUCAGUGCCAGCAAGGCUAUGGGCAACCCGGACUUCAGCCGCUGCGUGGUGUUCCACAGUUUGUCUAAACGUUCCAACCUGCCGGGCUUGCGCAGUGGCUUUGUGGCCGGAGACAAAGCCCUGAUGUCAGCCUUUCUCGCCUAUCGUACGUACCACGGUUGCGCAAUGAGUGCACAUCAUCAGGCGGCGUCGACCCUGGCCUGGCAGGAUGAAGAUCAUGUUAUUGCUAAUCGGCGGCUAUACCAGGACAAAUUUGCUGCGGUCAGCAACAUUCUUGCCCCCCACUACACAAUGAAUAAACCGGAUGGCGCUUUUUACCACUGGCUUGCCACGCCAACCGACGACGGCGCGUUUACACGCGCGCUGCUGGAGAAAUUCAACGUCCUCGUCAUGCCGGGACAGUUCCUCGCGAGAUCAAAUAAUGGCCACAAUCCCGGCAGCGGCUUUGUCCGCGUGGCCUGGGCGUUGUCAGCGCUGAUCUGUAGAAUACCGCGUCUUUUUACAGGAGACGUCCUCGACUGCCUGUUUCCUAACCCAGUGAUGCACCCGGAUGCCGCACUCACUGAUGUGUUGGCGGAAUUCAAGGCAGGCACGAGUAGCCUCACACCAGAGCAGGCUCACACGGCCAACAGCCGCUGUGAUGAGAAGCUGUUUCCACCUUCGAUGCUGGCAUCCGACCAGCCGUUAACCGCUGUUUGCCUGGCCGAUGACUCACCUAUUAACAGCACCGCAGAGGCCUAUCUGAAACUGCAUUUGCUGUCUCAUCGGCUGACCCGUCCGAACACACUCAACCUUGACAAUAUUUUUGCGCACCUGCCUAACCUGGCCUGGACCAGUGAAGGUCCAAUUGAAGUCAAUGGGCUGCAGGCGGCUUUGCUGGACGCCCGCCUUCAUGGCAGGCACCUGGAAGUAAUGAGUGUCGACAAGUUCCCAAAAAUGGUGAACUACGUUAUGCCGUCAGGCGUAAGGAUCGCAGAUGCCAGUCGUAUCAGACUCGGCGCCUACCUCGGUGAAGGCACCACUGUGAUGCACGAAGGUUUUGUAAAUUUUAAUGCCGGCGCCAUCGGACCUAACAUGGUUGAAGGUCGCAUCUCUCAGGGUGUGAUUAUUGACGAAGGCACUGACCUGGGUGGCAGCGCCAGCACCAUGGGUACGCUGUCCGGCGGUGGUGAAAUCACCAUCAGCCUCGGCAAGAACUGCUUAAUCGGCGCAAACGCCGGAACCGGCAUACCCUUAGGCGAUCGCUGCACCAUCGAAGCAGGUUUAUACAUCACCGCAGGCAGCGUGAUCAGUGUGGUAGAUGAACAUGGUGAGGCAGUACGCAAGGUUAAAGCCCGUGAACUUGCCGGCGGAUCGGAUCUGCUGUUUAUCCGCAAUUCUCAGACCGGCCAGGUGAUCUGCCGCACCAACCGCCAGGCCAUUGCGUUGAACGCGUCAGCUGCGGCUGUUUUGGAUCUGACCUGCGAACUGAUUGCAAAACAAUCGGUAACGCCCGCAGAUGACGGUUGCCAGGACAUCAUCGGCGCGCGGCUUGGCGCCCUUGGCUUCAAUCUGGAGCAGAUAGAUGCAAACGGCGUACGCAACCUGUGGGCCGUGCGAGGCAAUGGCUCUCCGCACCUGCUGUUUGCCGGCCAUACGGAUGUGGUGCCGCCCGGGCCGUUGGAUCAGUGGCACACGCCACCUUUCACACCAACCGUGAUCGACAACGUCUUAUACGGUCGCGGCGCUGCUGAUAUGAAAGCCAGUCUUGCCGCGAUGGUGGUGGCGACGGAGAACAUCCUGCAACAGCACCCGGAUAUGCCCGGCACCAUCAGCUUCCUGAUCACCAGUGACGAAGAGGGGGACGCGACUUAUGGCACAACCUACGCCAUACAGGCACUUAAAGCGCGAGGUAUUACACCCGACUACUGUGUGGUUGGUGAGCCCAGUUCCAGCUUACAGACAGGUGAUGUGGUGCGGUGUGGCCGCAGAGGGUCCCUGAACGGCAAAUUGCUUGUGCGUGGUAUUCAAGGCCAUGUUGCCUACCCUGCCGAUGCAGACAACCCGAUUCAUAAGGCACUUGGUGCACUUGCAGAACUGACCGAUAUUGUCUGGGACAACGGCAACGACUUUUAUCCGCCUACCAGCUUUGCUAUCUCGAACAUCAAUGCAGGCACGGGCGCGACAAACGUCAUUCCCGGCAAUCUGAGCGUGCUGUUUAACUUCCGCUUCAACACAACGCAAACAAGUCAUGGCCUGCAACAGGCGGUAGAGGCGCUGCUCGACAAGUACCACUUAGACUAUCAGUUAGACUGGGCUUUAUCUGGUGAGCCCUUCCUUACCCAGCCCGGCGCUCUGACAGGCGCAGUCACCGAAGCCGUGCAGGCGGAAAUGGGGUUUGCACCAGAGCUGUCAACUUCCGGCGGCACAUCGGACGGUCGUUUUAUCUCACCCUGGGGCUCACCUGGCAGCCACAGCGUCGAAGUGGUUGAACUCGGUCUACUGGUGUUUGUGCUUGCGGCGAUAGCCGCAGCUCCAGCAGGCAUUGUCGAUCGCCUUGUCAGCCAAUCAGAUACAGCUGAGUUAACCCAUAGCCGCGGCUCGCUGUGGCGAGGUCAGGGCGACCUGCUUGUCGAGGAUAAUCACCUCGGUCAGGUGAACUGGGACUUUCAUGUUGGCUCGUUGUUCAGAUUACAGCCGACCUAUCAAUGGACACUGACCCAAACCAACUGGCAAUUGGCAGGACUGGCUGGGGCGAGCUUCAGUGACGCUGAGAUCAAUAUUUCUGGUGAUGUCGAUGCUCAAGCUGUAAAUCAAUGGCUGGCGCCUUACGACAUCACUACCAGUGGGACCUUCAGUAUCUUGCCCACCCGGAUUCUGCUGCCGCACAACACCCCUCUACCCAGCGCAUUUGCAGGACAGAUAAACUGGACCGGUGGAUUGGUCCGCUACACACUGUCGGGACAGCUCAGCGAGGCAACGCUGCCACCUCUGGUCGCCUAUCUGGAUAUGAACGGGAAUAAUGAACCCCAGGCCACGGUUUUUGCCGAAAAUGAUCAGACGCCUUUGAUGAUCGCUACCCUCGGCGCCAAUGGUGCUGAGCCGGCCAAGUGGCUGCUGAUCAUAGGUAUCGCUUAUACCCUGGCGACACUUGCCUGGUCGUUUUUUGAUACACCUAUCGCCCCCGUGACCGUUGCAGACUCAGACCUCGGCAAAAGUACAAGUGUACGUCCCGCAGCAAACGUCAACUGGAUCCUGGGCAAACAUCUGUUUGGUGAAGCCGGCGCUGCACCGGUGGUGACCAGUCGUGAUGCACCCGUCCAGCAAACGCGCCUCCCCCUCGAGCUACAGGGUGUAUUCAUGGCUGACGAAAAUCAGGCUUCCGCAGCCAUUGUUGCGCAAAGAGGUAAGCCCGGAAAACGCUACGUGGUUGGGGACACGCUGCCGGGCAAUGCAAAACUCGACGAAGUGUUCACCAAUCGUAUUAUUCUUGUCCGUGCCGGCGUGCGCGAGACGUUACCCUUUCCGAAAACAAAAACUGAAUUCAUCGCCGAAGAUUACCCCGACGAGAGCAUUGAUGGCUCGGCCUCAAGUAACAGCCCAGCAGACCUGAUCGACACGGCAAACGUUGCGACUGAACAGGAAGAGUCUGCACCUGAAGAAAUUGUCGAGCAGUAUCGGGAACGCCUUGCAGCAGACCCCGCUGCCGCGUUAAAUGACCUCGGUGUGGAGACCGUCGAUGGCGGCGGAUAUCGAAUUGGCAACCUGGCACAGAAUCCCCUGCUGAAAAACACGGGCCUGCAGGCCGGUGAUGUCAUACUGUCGGUAAACGGACAACCCGUUGGCGACAUUUCCCAGGACCAGCUGGAACUGGACAACAUCAUGGCGCAGGGCUCCGCACGAAUAGAAGUCCAACGCGGUGAGCGCCGUUUUUUCAUCACGGCAUCGCUGCCUUAG